UGUUUACAAUACAAUUCUUAAUGGUUUGUGUAAGAUGGGCAGUACAGAUAAAGCUGUUAGGUUUCUAAGGCUGAUGGAAGGAAGAGGUUUCGAACCCAAUAUUGUAGCAUACAACACUGUCAUCGACUGUCUUUGUAAGCACGGGCUGCUAAAGGAGGCUCUCGAUCUCUUCUCUGAAUUGAAGGUUAAGGGCAUUAGACCAAACACCGUUACUUACACUAGCUUAAUUCAUGGUAUGUGUAAUUCGGGUCAGAAGAUGGAGGUAACAAGACUGUUGAAUGAAAUGGUGGAUAAUAAUAUUAACCUCGAUAUUGUAACAUAUAAUAUAUUGAUCGAUGCAUAUUGCAAGGAAGGGAUGAUCUCUGAAGCUGAAGAUAUUGUUGACACAAUGAUAAAACAAGGCAUUGAGGCUGAUGUUGUUACCUAUAAUGCAUUAAUAAAUGGUAAUUGCUUGCAAAACAAAUGGAUAAAGCCAGAGGAGUUUUGCGGUUGAUGAUUGAGAAGGGUUGUGCACCUAAUCUAGUUAGUUACAACGCAAUAAUCAAUGGAUAUUGCAAAGCUAAAAGAUUAGACGAGGCAAUGGAACUCUUUCAUGAAAUAUAUCGGAAAGGACCAAUACCGGAUAUUGUCACAUG